AUGAAUCUCCUCAACAUGGACGCUGAAAACCGCGUGGUGUUGAACGUGGGGGGGAUUCGUCACGAAACAUAUAAGGCGACGUUGAAGAAAAUCCCAGCGACCAGACUGUCACGGCUCACGGAGGCGCUCGCCAAUUACGACCCAGUGCUCAACGAGUACUUCUUUGAUAGACAUCCUGGGGUCUUCGCACAGGUUCUUAAUUACUAUAGAACCGGCAAGCUCCACUACCCUACAGACGUCUGCGGGCCAUUGUUUGAGGAGGAGCUAGAGUUCUGGGGUCUAGAUGCCAACCAAGUGGAACCUUGCUGUUGGAUGACGUAUACACAGCAUCGCGACACCCAAGAAACUCUAGCCGUCCUCGAUCGUCUGGACCUAGAUACAGAAAAACCGACGGACGAAGAGGUAGCCAGGAAGUUUGGAUUUGAAGAAGACUAUAUGAAAGGCACGGUGUCUUGGUGGCAGCAUCUCAAGCCGCAGAUCUGGUCGCUGUUUGAUGAGCCGUACAGUUCUAAUGCUGCAAAGAUAAUCGGCUUAAUAUCAGUUUUCUUCAUAUGCGUAUCAAUAUUAUCGUUCUGUCUUAAAACUCACCCGGACAUGCGAGUACCAGUGAUAAGAAGCUAUACAGUGACAACAGCAAACCAAACGCAGAGUUGGGCAUUGGACAAAGUGCAAACAAAUGCCCACAUUGCGUUUUUUUACAUAGAAUGUGUGUGUAACGCGUGGUUCACGUUAGAAAUCCUAGUUCGAUUCAUAUCGUCACCUAACAAGUGUGAGUUCGUCAAAUCUUCCGUCAAUAUCAUUGACUACAUCGCCACCAUGAGCUUCUACAUCGACCUGAUCCUGCAAAAGUAUGCCUCGCAUAUUGAGAACGCCGACAUCUUGGAGUUCUUCUCCAUCAUUAGGAUCAUGAGGCUCUUCAAGUUGACGAGACAUUCGUCUGGACUCAAAAUUCUCAUCCAGACCUUUAGAGCAUCAGCUAAAGAGUUGACGUUACUCGUGUUUUUCCUAGUUCUGGGUAUCGUCAUCUUUGCUAGCCUAGUAUACUACGCUGAGAGGAUACAAACGAAUCCUCACAAUGACUUCAACAGCAUACCGUUGGGAUUAUGGUGGGCCCUGGUCACAAUGACCACUGUUGGUUAUGGUGAUAUGGCCCCGAAGACUUAUGUGGGCAUGUUUGUGGGGGCGCUAUGUGCAUUGGCCGGUGUACUUACGAUAGCUCUGCCUGUGCCGGUCAUAGUAUCCAACUUCGCUAUGUACUACUCGCACACACAAGCGAGAGCAAAACUGCCUAAGAAAAGGCGGAGAGUCGUUAACGUAGAACCAACGAGACCGCCCAUGCGUGCGCCUGGUGCACCAGGAGGUCCAAAUCCCCUGGCACCUGGUAUGGGCCCUCAGGUAGUGAACCGCAGAAUGAAUGCUAUUAAAACAAACCAUCCAAAGGAUAUGAUGGGGCCUAACAUGGUUGCAACUUUGAUGCCAGGAAUGGAUCUUUCGGUUACCACUCGACUUACACCCAGUCCUCGUGAUAUGAGUCCCGCGCUCGCAAUUGCAUUACCAAUGAUGAAAUCCGUUAACAUAGUGCCAGCCCAAUGUUUCGACAAUAUGGCGUUUCACAGCGAAAAAUUAGAAAAUCAAGAGGAUGCAAAUAAAGAAAAAAUUAAAAUAUCGAGUCGUCAAGAAUCUGUUGAAAGUGAUAACAGUAUUAAAGUGAUAAAUUACAAAAAUAAUAUUUACUUGGACAAAAGGAGUGAAGCGAAAACCGAUGCCCGUACCCCGUUACUCAGAGAUCACAAGAUAGAAUCGUUGGAUGAGACGAAGCUUAGGGACAAUAAGACGGAGAAACGAAAAUCAUCUGCAUCUACAUAA